GAGAGAGAGAGAGAGAGAGGAGGCCUCGGCCAGGCUGUCCUCCAAAACCAGGCUCCAGAAGGGCCCCCAAAUCCCCGGGGCCCCGAGGCCAAGGAGGCCGAGACCGGCCCCCUCCUCGGCGGGCGGCCCUGGGCUGGCGUUCCGGGAAGAGAGGCGGGCGGGCAGGCUGGCUGUGCGUGCCCAUUAAUCUGCCGGGUGUGCGGGCUGGGGGUUGUUUGUAACUUUGCUGGCUCGGUCGCCGCGGGUCCCCGGGGAGCGGGCUCCACGGCUCGCUCCCAUUGGCCGCCGCGCCGUCAGCUGGUGCUAUUUGCUGCUGUCGCUUUUGGCGCUCGGCCAUCCAGAAACAAACCAGUUCGAUGACUACUAAUAGUUAUAGCCAGAUGUACUAAUACACAACAAAUCACAGUCCUGCAGAGGGGAGCGCAAAUGAGUUCCUAUUUUGUGAAUCCCACUUUCCCUGGGAGCCUGCCUAAUGGACAGGACUCCUUCCUCGGGCAAAUCCCCCUCUAUCCAGCUGGCUAUGAUGCUCUGAGGCAUUUCCCCGCUUCUUAUGGGGCAUCGAGCCUCCAGGACAAGACAUACACCUCACCUUGUUUCUACCAACAGUCCAACACGGUCAUUGCUUGCAAUCGAGCGUCCUAUGAGUACGGCACCUCUUGUUUCUAUUCAGAGAAGGACCUGAGUAGCGCUUCUCCCUCGGGCAGUGGCAAACAGAGGGGCCACGGGGAGUAUCUGCACUUUUCUCCUGAGCAACAAUACAAAUCCGAAAGCAGCGUGCAGGGCAAAAUCUUAAAUGACGAAGGCAGCGACCGGAAGUACACGAGUCCUGUUUAUCCCUGGAUGCAGCGGAUGAACUCCUGUGCUGGUACUGUGUACGGCACCCACGGCCGAAGGGGAAGGCAGACUUACACGAGAUACCAAACCCUCGAAUUGGAAAAGGAGUUCCAUUUCAACCGCUACCUGACGCGAAGGCGCCGGAUUGAGAUCGCCAACGCGCUCUGCCUCACCGAACGACAGAUCAAAAUAUGGUUCCAAAACAGGAGAAUGAAAUGGAAAAAAGAGAACAAACUCAUAAAUUCCACACAGCCCAGCAGCGAAGAAACAGAGGAAAAGGCAGGGGAGUAGAAUAACGAACGGCCUCAGCAAAGUUCCCAGGCCUUCCCCCUUCUUAGCGGCUUUCCCCUCUUGUGUUCUCAUCCUGCCAUUACUAUUGCUGCCCUAAGUAUUCACAGUCGGUUGAUUUCUAAAGCUGGAGGAGAAGCUAUAUAUGGGAAUCAACUGUAUUUCUUAAAAAGAAAAAAAAGGGGGGGAGCCACUGAAAAGCCUGUUGUGUACAUAGCCCCCUCUUUUCCUUCUCGUGUAAAGUCAGUUAACCAGGCACCCAACCCCCAGAAGGUACCCUGUUUU